AUGGAGAACGCCGACCCUUGUAGAGAUUUCGUCAAAGAUGUUAAGCGCAUAAUCAUCAAGGUUGGAACUGCUGUUGUUACUCGACAAGAUGGAAGAUUAGCAGUUGGGAAAUUAGGGGCACUUUGUGAGCAGAUUAAGGAGCUGAACAUUCUAGGUUAUGAAGUUAUUUUGGUUUCAUCGGGUGCUGUUGGCUUAGGUCGCCAAAGGCUUAGAUAUAGAAAAUUGAUUCAUAGUAGCUUUGCUGAUCUUCAGAAGCCACAAGUUGAACUUGAUGGCAAGGCUUGUGCUGCUGUUGGACAAAGCAGUCUUAUGGCUACUUAUGAUGAUUUGUUUAGUCAGCUGGAUGUGACAUCUGCGCAGCUUCUUGUUACCGACAAUGAUUUUAGAGACGGGGAUUUUAGAAAGCAACUUUCCGAAACUGUGAAAUCACUUCUAUCGUUGAAAGUUAUUCCAAUAUUCAACGAGAACGAUGCAGUUAGUACUAGGAAAGCUCCAUACGAGGAUUCUUCUGGCAUAUUUUGGGACAAUGACAGUUUAUCGGCUUUGCUGGCGUUGGAACUAAAAGCAGAUCUUCUUAUUUUGUUGAGCGAUGUAGACGGUCUUUAUAAUGGUCCUCCAAGUGAUCCACAGUCAAAGCUCAUUCACACUUACGUUAAAGAAAAGCAUCAAAAUGAAAUUACUUUUGGAGACAAGUCUAGGGUGGGAAGAGGUGGGAUGACGGCAAAAGUAACAGCUUCUGUUCAUGCCGCUGAUGCUGGCAUUCCUGUUAUCAUUACCAGUGGUAACACAGCUGAAAAUCUCACUAAAAUCCUCCAAGGACAGCGUAUUGGUACCCUCUUUCAUAAAGAUGCGGCUAAGUGGGUCCCAUUAAAAGAGGUUGAUGUACGUGAAAUGGCAGUUGCAGCCAGGGACUGUUCCAGACGGCUUCAGGCCGCAUCUUCGGAAGAAAGGAAACAAAUUUUGCUAAAUAUAGCCAAUGCCUUGGAAUCGCAUCAGAAAGAGAUCAGGAUCGAAAAUGAAGCUGAUGUUGCAGCAGCUCAAGAAGCUGGAUAUGAAAAAUCAUUAGUUGCUAGACUGGCUUUAAAAAACGAGAAGAUUGCAGGCCUUGCCAACAACAUACGAAUUAUUGCAAAGAUGGAGGAUCCAAUUGGUCGAGUUUUAAAACGAACCGAGCUUGCAGAGGGGCUGAUUUUGGAGAAAACAUCAUCUCCUUUGGGAGUUCUCUUAAUUGUUUUUGAGUCUCGCCCCGAUGCACUAGUACAGAUAGCUUCCUUGGCAAUACGAAGUGGGAAUGGACUUCUGUUGAAAGGAGGCAAGGAGGCUAAGCGAUCAAAUGCAAUUUUGCACAAAGUAAUUACUGAAGCUAUACCAGAUACUGUUGGUUCAAAACUUAUCGGACUCGUGACAUCAAGAGCAGAAAUACCCGAGCUUCUUAAGUUGGAUGAUGUAAUUGAUCUGGUGAUUCCAAGAGGCAGCAACAAACUUGUUUCUGAUAUCAAAAGUUCCACGAAAAUCCCUGUUCUAGGUCAUGCUGAUGGAAUUUGUCACGUCUAUGUUGAUAAAUCUGCGAAUUUGGAGAUGGCUAAGCAGAUUGUACUCGAUGCAAAAACAGAUUAUCCAGCAGGAUGCAAUGCUAUGGAAACACUUCUUGUUCAUAAGGAUUUGGUAGAGAAAGGCUGGAUAAAUGAUAUUAUCGUCGACUUGCGGACAGAAGGCGUUACAAUAUAUGGAGGACCCAAAGCAAGUUCUCUAUUAAAUAUUCCACUUGCUCGUUCAUUACAUCAUGAGUAUUGCUCGUUGGCUUGCACUAUUGAAAUUGUGGAUGAUGUUUACGCAGCUACUGCUCAUAUAAAUCUUUACGGAAGUGCGCAUACUGACUCCAUUGUCACAGAAGAUCAUGAAGUAGCUGAUGUAUUUCUUCGUCAAGUCGACAGUGCUGCUGUUUUUCACAAUGCUAGUACAAGAUUCAGCGAUGGAGCACGAUUUGGACUAGGCGCGGAGGUCGGAAUAAGUACGAGCAGGAUUCACGCACGAGGUCCGGUAGGAGUUGAUGGACUGUUAACAACCAGAUGGAUUCUCAAAGGAAGUGGACAAGUAGUAGAUGGUGAUAAAGCAGUUAGCUACACCCACAAAGACAUAACUCCUUGA